CUACUAGAGGUGCAGGCAGGGAUGCGAUUGCUCCUUCCAUCCGUCCAAUGAUAAAGUCCCUGAGCAGCAGCAGCAGCAGCAGUAGCAGAAGCAGCAGCAGCAUUAGCAGCAGACAAGACAGUGUGCAGGACUGUUCUGUACUAGCUGGGAUCCUGUCUCAUAUCAUCCCCCUCUGCUCACCAGCUCACAACGAAAACAGAAAAACAUAAGCGGUGGAUGUAAGAGGAACCAUCUCUCAGAAUGUUCAGCACCAGAAGGUUGAAGAAAAAGUCACAGUCAGUGGACAUUGCCUCAACAGGGUAUAACCCGCUAUCAGAAACAUCAGCACCCCAAGCAAGUAGAGUGCCACCACCCAUUGUCAAGGCAAUUUCUGAGGAAGAUCACCAUAACACAGCUAACGCUCGGAAACGUCAUGCAAGAAGGAGUGAUCUCAAGAGAUGCUACACCAUUGACACCGGGCAGAAAAAGACCCUGGAGAAGAAAGAUGGGCGACGAAUGUCCUUCCAGAAACCCAAAGGAACCAUGGAAUACACCGUUGAGUCCCGAGACUCCUUAAACAGCAUUGCUCUGAAGUUUGACACAACACCAAAUGAACUGGUCCAGUUAAAUAAACUCUUCUCCCGAGCUGUUGUCGCUGGACAGCUUUUGUAUGUAGCUGAUCCAGACUACAUUUCGAGUGUGGAAAGUUCUCCUUCCCUGAGUCCUAUAAGUCCUUUAUCACCAACUUCUUCAGAAGCUGAAUUUGAGAAGAGUACCGACACAGAACGCAUGCCCCAUAAAGAGUCUACUUCCUCCCCUGCAUAUUCUACUAUACGACCAUCGAGAGUAGUGUCCUCUACAUCAGAAGAAGAAGAGGCUUUUACUGAAAAAUUCUUGAAAAUUAACUGCAAGUACAUCACUGAUGGAAAGGGAACAGUCAGCGGUGUCCUCCUUGUUACACCAAAUAACAUAAUGUUUGAUCCUCAUAAGAAUGAUCUCUUGGUGCAGGAAAAUGGAUGUGAAGAGUAUGGUAUUAUGUGCCCAAUGGAAGAGGUGACUUCAGCGGCCAUGUACAAAGAAAUUGUGAAUAGCAAACUAAAGGAUUCAGUUCCUGUAGAUGUAGAUCAGAUGUCAUAUAUGAGAGAGUUCUGCCAUUUUAAGAACAUUUCGCCAGGUAAUUUACAUGACAUUGAUUCAAAAAUGUGGGAUGCAGGGAAUGAUAGUGCCAGUACUGCUCCAAGAAGCACAGAAGAGUCCCUUUCUGAAGAUGUAUUUACAGAAUCAGAACUUUCUCCUAUAAGAGAGGAACAUCUAUCUUCUGAUGAACUAAGACAGGACAAAUCUUCAGGGGCAUCAUCGGAAUCUGUCCAAACCAUAAACCAAAAUAUUAUGGAGUGUUCAGUAAAUAUUUCAGACUGUGCUGAUGCUUCAGAUGAUGUUAAAGGCAGCCUAGAACCAUCUGGGAAUGACAGCGGCUUUGUCAGUUCUAUUACUGAUUUAGAAAGGAGUGAAUUAUCCAUAAACAGAGGUGAUGACUUAGAUAAGGACAUUGCGGAAUCCAGUAUAGUACUUACAGAUGCAAAUGAGGGUUCUAAAAAUAAUUCUAAUGAUGGAAUUCUUGCUGACAACCAAACUGGGGACCAGAAACAUUCUAGUGAAGCAGCUGUUGUGGGAAACCAUCGACAUGAAGCAAUCCAAGAAGAAGCCGUAAAGCAGUCAUUUGGAGAUUCUGAAACGGAAGUAGAGGAGCUGCGUAAAUUCUGGAAAGACCUUACUAUGCAACAAGCCAAGCAACAAAGGGAAGACAUGCAGCACAUCACACAGAAAGAAAUCAAGGGAAAAAUAGCUGAAACCCAAAUAGAAGGUGUCUGUUCAUCUGUUGCCAAAGAGAAGAGACGCCAUCGGUCUCAUAGGUACUUGUGCUUGAGAGUUGGGAAGCCAAUGAGGAAAACCUUUGUAUCUCAAGCAAGUGCUUCCAUGCAGCAGUAUGCUCAGCGAGACAAGCUCGAAUACUGGUUUGCUGUCCCACAUGAAAGGUCUGACCACCUGUACUCGUUUUUCAUUCAGUGGAGUCCGAAUCUAUAUGCCGAAGAAGUGGGGGAGUCUGCCAGAGAGCCAGGGUUUGUAGUGGUGAAGAAGAAUGAGGAAGCUGAGAGUUCCGACUGUUCCACGAAUGAUUCCGCAGCCAGACUCUGGGAGGUAGUAUCUGUGGCAGAGUACCACCGCAGGAUCGAUGCGCUAAAUACUGAAGAACUGCGCACUCUCUGCAGACGUCUCAAGAUUACAACAAGAGAAGACGUGAACUCGAAACAAGCCACAAACCUUAAGAAUGAUCAGGAACCGGAGUCUUUUCGUCCAAAUCUCAGUGAUCCCAGUUCUCUUUUGCAGACUGAACAAAUUGAAAAGUUAACGAAGAACCUUCCACCUCGGACAAUAGGCUAUCCAUGGACGCUUGUUUAUAGUACAGCAAAACAUGGCAUGAGCCUGAAAACACUGUACAGAAUGAUGCUUGGCUUGGACACUCCAGUACUCUUGGUCAUUAAAGACAGUGAUGCACAGAUUUUUGGUGCUUUGGCAUCAGAACCAUUUAAAGUGAGUGACUGCUUUUAUGGCACUGGAGAAACUUUCUUAUUCACUUUCUGCCCAGAUUAUGAGGUCUUUAAAUGGACCGGAGACAACAUGUUCUUUAUCAGAGGCGACAUUGACUCUUUAGCGUUUGGAGGGGGAGGUGGAGAAUUCGCUCUUUGGCUGGAUGGAGAUCUUUAUCAUGGAAGAAGUCAUACAUGUAAAACAUUUGGAAAUUCUAUGCUUUCUAAGAAAGAAGACUUCAUAGUUCAAGAUAUUGAAAUUUGGGCAUUUGAGUAAAUAUGUAUGUGUGUGUAUAUAUAUAUAUAUUUAUAUAUAUGAAAAAAAUCGUUUCUUGAUGGAAUAUUUCUUUAUCGCUGUACAGGAGUGAAACAUGUUGAAGACUAUGUUCUGCAGCUUAAUAUAUACAGUUUAUGAUAUUUCUAUUUUUUUUUUGUUAUUAACCAUAGUUCUUUUAAUUUUCAGCAGCUAAAUCUUUUUUCAGAUGUCAUUAUGGGGAGAAGCUGCGACUGUACAUUUUGCAGACUGUUGUAUGUUCAUUUUUCUGUUCUAACUAAAUAAUGAAAAAGUUAUAAAAGGUAGGGAUGCACCGAAUGCUGGAUUCGGCCAGGAUUCUGCCUUUUUCAGCAUUUUUUCAGGCCAAACUGAAUCCAAAU